CUGAGCUCAGCUGAACGGAAGGGCCAGUCCGUCAAGUGUCUGCUGUUCAUGUAGCUGCUGCCUCAGCUGCUGUUGUUGUUGUUGUUGUUGUCGUCGCCUUGUUUGGUUUAGUCCGUGAUGCAGUAGUCAACCACUGACUGAAAAUGGAGCGGUACGGGUCGGACACGGACGGGGACGAGCAGGAGACGCCGCUCCUUCACCGAGGACACGAAGACAAACCCCAGAGAGCUCCAGCAUGCUGUUCAUCACGCUAUGGCCUGGCAGUCCUUUCAUCCUUUGGCUUCUUUGUGGUCUACUCCCUGCGAGUGAACCUCAGUGUGGCGAUGGUGGACAUGCUUAACACCACCCACCAGGCCAGCACCAACCACAGCAGCUCAGUGUGUCCAGCUCAUGCCAACCCUCAGCGGCCCAAACACAACCACACGGCCAGUGUGUACGACUGGAACUCAGAGACCCAGGGUUGGAUCUUGGGCUCCUUCUUUUAUGGCUACAUCAUGACACAGAUUCCUGGGGGCUACCUGGCCAGCCGCUAUGGACCCAAGUGGCUGCUGGGCUUCGGAAUCUUGGGCACUGUAAUUUUCACACUGCUCACCCCCGUGGCUGCUGACCUGGGUGCAACCUACCUCAUAGCUGUCAGGGUGCUGGAAGGAAUAGGAGAGGGUGUUACAUUCCCUGCAAUGUAUGCCAUGUGGGCAGCAUGGGCCCCACCGCUGGAGAGGAGCCGCCUGCUCACAAUAUCCUACAUUGGAGCCCAGCUAGGGACGGUCAUAUCUCUGCCUCUUUCUGGUGAAAUCUGCUUCUACCUGGACUGGACCUACGUCUUCUAUGUAUUUGGUGCUGUUGGCCUGGUGUGGUUCGUCUUGUGGACAUUUCUCGUCUUCGACAGUCCAAACACUCACCCUCGGAUAUCAGAGCGGGAAAGAUUAUACAUCACUUCAUCACUAAAGAACGAGCUGUCCAGUUCAGCAGGUCACAUUCCCUGGGGAGCCAUAGUGACGUCCAGACCGCUGUGGGCCAUCGUCGUGGCUCAUUUCUCCUACAACUGGACCUUCUACACCCUCCUCACCCUGCUGCCCACCUACAUGAAUGACGUGCUAGGAUUCAGCAUACAGCAGAACGGGUGGCUGUCAUCUCUUCCUUACAUGGGCUGCGCUGUGGUCGCUGUGGGGAGUGGCCAGCUCGCUGAUUACCUGCGUGAAACCUGCCUCUACCCCACUGUGAAUGUCAGAAAGGCCUUCUCUCUCGUUGGUAUGAUCGGGCCGGCGGUGUUCCUGGUGGCAGUAGGUUAUACAGGCUGUAACUACACCUUGGCUGUGACGUUCCUCACCAUCUCCUCUUCUCUCGGCGGAGUGUCUGCGUCUGGCUUCAACAUCAACCAUCUGGACAUCGCCCCAUCGUAUGCCGGUAUUCUCCUGGGAAUCACCAACACCUUUGCCACCAUUCCUGGCAUGGUGGGACCAGUUAUAGCAAGAGCACUCACCAGUAAUAACACCAUAGAAGAGUGGCAGACUGUUUUCUACAUCGCUGCUGCCAUCAACUUGUUCGGAGCAUUGGUCUAUACUGUGUUUGGCCGAGGCACGGUGCAGCCCUGGGCUGUCCAGUCGACCUACUCUCAUGGAGACUGAAACCGGAAAAAAGUACCAAUCUUACCCACCUGACGAAUCUGAAUCAUCAAAUUUCCACGUCCCUAUUGUGGGUUUAUUUAACGAGUAGUGCCAGAGAGAAAUGUACCAGCUGUGCUUGAUAGUUGUCAAAG